CACUUCUUUUUCUUUUUCUUUUUUGUAUUAACACUAUAAUUGCAUGGAUACAGGGAGCAAGAUUGAAGAACCAGAGUCUGAAGAUUCAGAGGAUGAAGAAAUAACAAAGGAAAAACUUAGGAGUUUUAUUGGUGAAUGUAAGUAUUGUUUACAUGUGGGUGAGCACAUUUCCCAACUAUGCCCUUACAAGUACGAUGCCCCAAAGGACGCAACUCUUGGCGAAGGUUGUAUGGUUGUUUGUAGUAUUUGUUGCUGCCUCCUUAGAGACUCAUGUUGUGCUGAUUGUGACCUAAGCAUAGGAUGUGCAGUUCUCAAGGAUUGUCCAAUCUGUAGGAAGCAAGGUGAACGUUGGCCUUCUACGUGCUCAAAACGCGAGGGGAAACAUAUUCCCUCUGCUUUUACUUGCGACUUUGAUACUGGUUUUUUUCUUCCAACUAAUGUCCAUUAAAAUAGUAGAUAAUGAAAUGUUAUUGCUACUCUAAA